AUGGAUGCCGUGACCGGGGGAGCUCCCCACACACAGCUUGCCCGCAGUCAAGCUUGGAAGUUUAAUGCGAGCUUUGCCCCUCGGCGGCCGGUUGUGAUUCAAGAUGCCGCGGAAUCUUUUCCAUACAAUAUUACGGCUUCGUUGCGUAGACGGGUGUAUUUGGCCACUGACUUGGCAAUGUCCCGAAGGCGUAAUUCACAUCCAUCUUUUCCUCUCCUUUCCUCUUCAUCUGCUAUUCACGUCCACGAAUUCUUUACGGAAUACUUGACAUGGCCAUUCAUUGAGGUGUAG